CUGUGUAUGGAAACAGGAAAGAGGGAGAAAAGAGGCAAAGAUAGAGGACAGCUUUGGUGUCUUAGUUUAGUUUCUUCUCCAAAGUAAAGUCUGCUACAAGAACUUGAGUCUGGUACUUUGUUUGGGAAAUGAGCCCAGAAGGCCAGAUUGAGGAUGUGGGGAGGGAGAGACCAGGAAGGAGGGGAGGCAUUAAAGGACACAUGGCUGAGCUGUUUACCACUGUGGGCAGCUGGAGCUCAGCUCCUCCUGUGAGGAACUCCAGAACGCACCUGAGGUCCACCACCGUGGCAUGUGUCCCUGACGCCCUCCACUUCCCCAUUGUUGGCCCUCUGCCACUUCGGAGCUGCCCCUGUGCACCUGCCCAAGUGAGAAGGCAUCUGAGUGCUCAGGAAAUUCCUCCAUGGCGGCUGCUGAAGUCAGAGAGCUGCAGCACAAUACGAAGUCAACUCCUGCACACCACUUCUCACCUCUGACCGGCCCUGCAGGACCCAGCCCCUCCCUUGGCCGCUCAGGGCCUGCUCCGCCCGGCCACGUGCUCUCUGGCUGCCCUGCCCGGUGCUUCUUUGGGCUGGGUGUGCUCUUCUCCUGCAGCAUUUCGGAUCUCAGUUGAAAUCAGCUAGUUGAACCAUGGCAACAACUCCCGCCAGUGCUUUUGAGGCCCUCAUGGACGGAAUGACCAGCUGGAAUGUCCCCAAAGGCCCCAUCCCAUGUGAACUGCUUCUUACUGGAGAGGCUGCCUUCCCAGUGAUGGUGAAUGACAAGGGCCAGGUCCUCAUUGCUGCCUCCUCCUAUGGCCGAGGCCGCCUUGUGGUGGUGUCCCAUGAGGGCUACCUGCUGGAUGCUGGCUUGGCUCCAUUUCUUCAUAAUGCAGUGGGUUGGCUCUGUCCCUCACCUGGGGCUCCCACUGGAGUGCACCCAUGCCUGGCACCACUAGUAAGCAUCCUGCAGGGCUGUGGGGUUCAGGCACAAGUUCAGCCAGAACUGGGGGCCUCCCUCGGGGUUUACUGCAUCAAUGCCUACAAUGAUACAAUGACUGCAGAGCUGAUCCAAUUUGUGAAGUGUGGAGGCGGCUUGCUCAUCGGGGGCCAAGCCUGGUACUGGGCCAGUCAGCACGGUCAUGACAACGUGCUGUCCAGGUUUCCUGGGAACCAGGUGACGAGUGUGGCUGGAGUGUACUUCACCGACAUCUGUGGGGACACAGGCCGGUUCAAGAUCUCUAAGAAGAUACCCAAGAUCCCACUCCAUGUCAGCUGUGUGGAGGAUCUCAGGCACGAUCAGCAGCAGCUCCUGGAAGGGAUCUCAGAGCUGGACAUCAAGACGGGCGGAGUGCCCUCGCAGCUGCUGGUGCAUGGGGCCCUUGCCUUCCCUCUGGGGUUGGACGCCUCACUCCGCUGCUUCCUGGCAGCCGCCCGCUAUGGCCGGGGCCGGGUGGUCCUGGCUGCCCAUGAGAGCAUGCUCUCUGCUCCCAAGCUGGGGCCCUUUUUGCUCAAUGCUGUGCGCUGGCUGGCCAAAGGCCAGACGGGCAAAUUUGGGGUGAACACAGGUCUAAAAAACCUGUGUGCCCUCCUGUCAGAGCACGGCCUGGAGUGCAGUCUGCAGCCCCAUCUGACGCCUGACGUCCGCGUCUACUGCUGUGGGGCUUACAGUGACAAGGAGGCCAAGCAGCUGCAGGAGUUUGUGGCCGAGGGCGGGGGCUUGCUGAUCGGGGGCCAGGCCUGGUGGUGGGCCUCCCAGAACCCAGGCCGCUCUGCUUUGGCUGGUUUCCCUGGUAACGUCAUCCUCAACGGCUUCGGCCUCAGCAUCCUAGCUCAGACUCUGGAUGCGGGCUGUUUCCCCAUCCCUACCCCCGAGAUGCAGAGCUACCACUUCCGCAAGGCGCUCUCUGAAUUCCAGUCUGCACUGAACCACGGGGCUGGCAACUUGGAAAAGCACUGGCUGGCGAAGCUGGGAGCCGAUGGCGCAGGCUUCCUACAGAUCCCUGCAGAGGGGGUCCCUGCUUACAUAUCCUUGCACCGACUCCUGAGGAAGAUGCUGCGUGUGUCGGGCCUUCCAGCUGUGAGCCGGGAGUACCCUGUGGCUGGUGACUCCUUUGAGGCUGCAGCGCUCUGCCUGGCCACGGAGCUGGCACGCUCUGGGACCGACUGCUCCCAGCUGGUGCAGGAGCUUGGAACCUGGAGCUGCAGCUCCAGACAGCCCAUCACUGUGGAGAUCGAUGGGAGCAACCCAGGCCCCUGUGAUGCGUGGGUGAGCACCAGGCUCUACCUCCCACGUGGACAGAGUGCAGAAGUCUCACUGUCUGACGCUGCGGCCUGUGCCGGCCUGAAGGUACAGAUUGGCUGCCACACCGAUAACUUGACCAAGGCCGGCAAGCUGUCUCGAGCCCCUGUGGUGACGCAUCAGUGCUGUAUGGACAGGGCCAUACGAUCCAUCUCCUGCCUCUGGGGUGGCCUUCUGUAUGUCAUCGUGCCAAAGGGCAGCAAACUGGGCCCCAUAUCUGUCACCAUCAAGGGGGCUGUGCCUGCCCCAUACUACAAGUUGGGUAAGACAUCUCUGGAGGAGUGGAGGAACUGUAUCCAGGAGAGCCAGGCUCCCUGGGGAGAGCUGGCAACAGACAAUAUCAUCUUGACGGUGCCGAGUGCAAACCUGCAAGACCUGGAGGACCCCGAGCCUGCACUCCGCCUCUGGGAUGAGAUGAUGGGUGCUAUAGCCCAGCUAGCAGCCCGGCCUUUCCCUUUCUGCCGUCCCGAGAGGAUUGUUGCUGAUGUGCAGAUCUCAGCUGGCUGGAUGCACUCAGGAUACCCCAUCAUGUGCCACCUGGAGUCAGUGCAAGAGCUCAUCAAUGAGGCAGGCAUAAGGAGCACCGGUCUGUGGGGCCCCAUCCAUGAGCUGGGUCACAACCAGCAGCGACAAGAGUGGGAGUUCCCGCCACACACCACUGAGGCCACCUGCAACCUCUGGUCUGUCUACGUGCAUGAAACAGUCCUGGGCAUCCCCAGGGCUCGGGCCCACCCUGCUCUGAGCCCUCUAGAACGAGAGAAGAGAAUCAAAACGCACCUUGGAAAGGGAGCCCCCCUGCAUGACUGGAAUGUGUGGACAGCUCUGGAAACAUACCUACAGCUCCAGGAGGCCUUUGGGUGGGAGCCAUUCACCCAGCUCUUUGCUGAGUACCAGACGCUCUCUGGCAUCCCCAAAGACAAGGAUGGCAAGAUGAAUCUAUGGGUGAAGAAGUUCUCUGAAAAGGUACAGAAGAAUCUGGCUCCAUUCUUUGAGGCCUGGGGCUGGCCUGUCCAGAAGGAAGUGGGGAACAGCCUGGCCUGUCUGCCUGAGUGGCAGGAAAACCCCAUGCGGGUGUACAUGCAUCCUCAGGAGUAAAUGAUGUGCAGCAAGGUGGUGGAGGGAGAGGCAGUUAAGUCAUAAGACAAAUGACACCAACUUUCUCAGGAAAAUGCCCUUGUUUCUGUUCCCCUGUUUAUACUGUUGCUCUCACCGACUUGCUUCAUCCUAAUCCUCCAGUGGAGAAUCUUACAUCUGUGCAUCCUAAAGUCCUGCAAACUCUCAGCUUCUACUUUUGACCAACAGUUCUUUCUUUUCUUUAAGAUUUUAUUUAGAGAGCAAAAGAGAGCGAGCACAAGCAGGGGUGAAGGGCAGAGGGAGAGGUAGAGAGAGAAGCAGACUCCCCACUGAGCAGAGAGCCUGAUGUGGGACUCGAUCCCAGGACCGUGAGAUCAUGACCUGAGCCGAAGGCAGACAUUUAACUGACUGAGCCACCCAGGCGCCCCCUGACCAACAGUUCUAAAGGCUAUGGGUAGCCAAAAUAAUCUGAUAUCACUCCCUCACCCCUGCCAGCCCUGAACACGGCUGUCAAUUUCUUAUGCUUUGGGAAGUUUUCUAAUAGCAAGAGACAGGCUGGUAGAGAGAGCCCUGAACUUGCUUUGGUUCUAUGGAAAAUCUCUUAAAGUCUCUGUGUUUCUGUAUUGUCAUCCCUGACAUGGGGAUAAAAGUCCACUGUUUGAGAAUGGUGAACGUGUUAAUCCCCUGCAAUAUGCAUACAUAUGCAAGGGUAUUCUUUAGCUCCUGCCAGGACCCAUGGUGGCCUGUCUGGGUGGACGACCUGUGUGGACACCCUGAAAACUGAAUCCCACUUCAGAGUUGGCCACCUUGGGGUGGGCAUGAAGUCUCUAAGAGUAUUUCACGCAUUAUCAGUGUUGUUCCAGACAUGAUAACGCUGAUAGUUAUUGAGAUCCUAGCCUGUCUUCUGUCCCUUCUCCCACCUCUAGCAGGAUUCUUGGGUAUGACCUAACCCAAAGAAUAGUGUAAACUCAAAACAGAUGGUAUGAAGAUACCUGGGUGGCUCAAUUGGUUAAGUGUCCAACUCCUGAUUUCGACUUAGGUCGUGAUCUCAGGGUCGUGAGAUCGAGCCCUGCGUCGGGCUCAACGCUCAACAUGGAGUCUGCUUCUCCCUCUCCCUCUGCUCCUCCCCCUGCUCACUCACUCUUUCUCUCUCUCCAAAAUAAAUAAAAUCUUAAAAAAGAGAGAGAGAGAUGGUAUACACUCAAACUGGAUGUUACAAAGCACUUAGUCUUCUUGGUUAGUUCCAUCUUCUAGUAUUUUUGUUUCAACCAUAAGUAAAUGUCACAGUAGCAAUGUCUACCAAGUCCACCAGCCUAUUUGUUCUUUGCACAGAAUAGGUGGCAGAUCCCUCUGGUCACCACAGAAGCAAGGCAGUGUCUGGUCUUAACAGUAGCUGUGACGAGAAGUCCGCCUGCAUGACGGGCUUCACUGGGAACCAGGAUUAUACUGGGCACAGCAGACCAAAUUAACCCACAAUGCAGCCUCCCUGAGCUUUCACAUAAUCCAUUCUGACCCAUCCCAAUUCUUUGGCUAGGUGGAGUUCUCAUUAGAGCUCAGUUUCCAGGAUUAAUGAUGGGGUGUGACCAUUUUUCUCUAGCUUGCUUUUAAACCAUAUUUUUGUUGUGUUGAAUAUCAUUCCAUGAGCUGUGUUCAGAGCAGAGUGACUCCCCGGAAAGAGAAGUGACUUAGGGAAUGUCUUUCUCUGAAUCCCAUCCUCCUCCUAAUUCUACGAUAAUUUCCUUUUAUUCCACUAUUAUUCUUUGCCAGGUGCUUUUCACAUGAAAGGCACUCCAUAACCAUUUGUGAAUGGAAAGAACAAUGAUGACACCUAGCACACAAUGACAGUCACUCUGUCCCAGGCUUUGUGUGAGGUGUUUUCUAUGAGUUAUGCCAUGGAAUCUUCGCAACAGACCUUUGAAGUAGGUACUAUUAUUAUCCCCAAAUCAUAGUUGAGGAGACGGAUGUUGAGGGAUAUUAAAUAACUUCUGAAGUAACCAAGCUAAGAAGAGGGAGAGCCAGAGCUUGAGUGAAACCCCCAGCAAUGAAAAAAAUCCUCCAUGAAGGUUUAGAAUUUAAACAAAAAUUCACCUAGAAAAUGGAAGCUCACCAAACUUCUGAUUUAUCUCAUGUUAACUACUGAAAUUUUAUUAAAUAUCAAAUUUAACCUCCAAAAAGAUAUUGGUACCUGAUUUUCUGGUUGUCUCAGCAUAUGAUUACCCUCCUUAUAGGUAGAGGAAGGAUCUGAACCCAGGAAAUUCAACUUCAGAAGUGGUGUUCUUAAGCAUGAUGUUAAGGAGAACAUGGAUGGGUAAUACUGGGUUUAAAAGGUUGCCACAGAGACAAAGACAAAAACCUGACUCUUCCCCACACUCUCUGCAAGUGGAAACUAGAGCCUUCCCCUUCUUACAAGUGGCUCUACUGCUUGUUUCUAAGUCCACAGUUAGUUGUAACUGUGACUGUCUCAGGGCAUUCUGUAGUCCAGGUAUAUUUGCUCACAAGGAUGUGAAUGUAGCAUGGUGAAUCAUCAAUAAAUGCUGUUUGCCAAAAAAAAAAA